AUGGCUUCCGACUCGACGCUUAUAGAAUCAGGUGAAAUGACGGAGACUACUCCCUUGAUACCAUCUCACAAACGCCACAUCAAGGACACUACAUCGAUAAACACUGCCUCACAGCAGGACAGUCUACCAUAUAAUGACUAUCAUACCAUCGACUGGCUUCAAGACCUCGUACAAGAUAGCCUUCGACGCGACAACUCAAAUCUCUAUUCGCGACGCGGCAUACGCUACCGCAUCACCAAGCUAUGGGACGCUUCUCAGGGAUGGAUCGCAGCUUUCCUCAUCGGUCUUCUCACUGCCUCAAUCGCUGCAUUCGUAGAUGUCAGUGUUGAGGUUCUAGCAGAUCUCAAAGAUGGCUACUGUACCAAUAACAUAUUUUCAAGUCGCCGAGCAUGCUGCGCAUCAGAGAUAAACUGCCAGAACUGGAAGCCAUGGACAGAGAGCUACAUGUAUGCAUACGCCAUCUACGUCAGCCUUGCUUUGACAUUUGGUAUCAUCGCUGGAAGCGUCACAGCUACUACGAAGAUGAAUCUCACUGCCGUUCCUCCGGAGAAAAAAGAGUCGUCUGCAAGUCCCGGCGGAAAGGUCAUGUACAUGGCAGCAGGAAGCGGUAUCCCCGAGAUAAAAACUGUAUUGUCCGGCUUCUGCAUCCCUCAUCUCUUCGAUCUCAAAGUUCUCAUCGUCAAGGCCAUCGGAUCAAUCUUCGCAGUCGCGACAGGCAUGUGUUUGGGAAAAGAGGGGCCCUUUGUACACAUCUCAGCUUGUGUUGGAUAUCUUGUCACCAUCUGCAUUCCCAAAUACGCGAGUAAUCAACGAAAACUGAGAGAGAUGCUCAGCAUUGCCUGUUCAGCGGGUUUAUCCGUUGCUUUUGGAGCUCCGAUUGGAGGUGUUCUCUUCAGCUAUGAGGAGAUUAGCACUUAUUUUCCUCGAAGGGUACUCUGGAGGAGCUGUCUUUGUUCAGUGGUGGCGGCGGCUGUUCUCAAGGAACUCAACCCUACGGGAACUGGCAAGCUUGUUUUGUUUGAGACGAACUACGGCGUCAACUAUGAUGCUCUUCACUACCUCGUCUUCAUCAUUCUCGGUGUCUGCGGUGGCAUCUUCGGUGGAGUAUUCUGCAGAGCCAACUUCCUCUGGUCAAAGUCAUUCCGAAAGAUUACGCUCAUUAAGAACAGCCCUGUCUUCGAGUUGGCCCUUGUGACAUUGAUCACAGCGGUUUUACAGUUUCCAAAUAUGUUGAUCAGGGAAACCGGGGAUAUUGUCAUGCAGCGAGUUCUUGUUGACUGCAAUCAUGCUGAGGAGGACUGGAUUUGCCAGCAAGAGGCCCAAACAACCGGCAAGGGCACGUACUACGCUUGGCUGAUUUCCGGGACAUUCGUCAAGCUAUUUUUAACAACCAUUACAUUCGGCUGCAAGGUCCCAUCUGGAAUCAUCAUCCCCGCGAUGGAUGCUGGGGCGCUCUUUGGUCGAAUGAUCGGGCAACUCAUCCCCAACAUCUCGCCAGGGAUCUUCGCCAUGGUCGGGUCAGCAGCCUUCUUGGCGGGAGUUAGCAGAAUGACUGUAAGUCUAGCUGUCAUCAUGUUUGAGCUUACAGGGGAGGUCAACUUCAUUCCGCCUUCCAUGAUCACCAUUCUGACGGCGAAGUGGGUGGCUGAUGCAAUCAGUGCCGAUGGUAUUUAUGAUCUUGCUCAACAUCUUCAAGGACAUCCCUUCUUGGAGGCUGAGGGUGCAAUCGCCAAGGUCAGAGAGUUCAGAGAUAAUGAGGGCACUGCGACGGUCGAUGCUCUUCUUCCUUCAGAAGAUGCCACGGACAACGCUAUUGUGUCUGUCGGUCGGGACUAUCGUGUCCACACAUCAGUACUCCAACACAAGGUCUCUCAUCUUCAAAGCAGCGGCUUAAGUGACUCAGGACUUGUGUUCGUUAACGACAAGGGACUAUGUCACGGCUAUAUCUCGCAAUAUAAACUGGAGCAAGUUCUGCAUAUGAUUGAGAAAACCGAUGGUGUUGAAGAGUCUUGUGAGGUAAGCGUUCUUGAAGGUACUCUAGCGGAGGCGAUUGACAGGAGUCCCCUCACUCUCUCAUCAAAAGCACCACUUGAGUAUGCUGUGGAGAUGUUUGGAAAGCUGGGCGUCAGUUAUUUGGUUGUCACCGAGGAGGAUACGGUGAAGGUGCUGGGGGUUGUGUCGACGAAGCAACUGAUUGCUUUCUUGGAUAUGUUGAAGUAG